AUGGGAAAUCAUUCAAGCAAGAAACUGGAUAAAACAGGGCGGAUGGGUAUACAGCAGAAUGCAGUGCAACAGACAAACGAUUUGGACGAUGCAUAUGAUAUCAGCGAACACUCGAUAGGAGAGGGAACCAGAACCAGUAUCAAGCAGGGGACGUCGAAGAAGUACACAAAGACAGAACGGUCAACGGGUGUAGCGAUUAAGCUCUACAAUGGAAAAGCAGAGGUUCAGCCUGAUUUGAAAUUAGAGGCAGAAAUCCUACGAGAAUGUGACCAUCCGAAUAUUGUCAAGCUAUUUGAAGUUGCAAAAGUGGGGAAGAACCUUUCAUUAGUCAUGGAACUCUGCAGUGGAGGCCCCGUCCUAGAUCGAUGCCCAUACACGGAAAAGAUGGCAUCCCGUGUCGUUCGACAAAUAUGCUCGGCAGUUGCGUACCUCCACAGUAAGCAAAUUGUCCAUCGUGACAUUGAAUGUUCGAACAUCAUGUACGCUACCGAGGACAAGAACUCGGAUAUCAAGCUGGUAGAUUUCGGUAGCGCAACUUUUCUGGAAAUGGUUCCAGGUCAUCAGGGAGCCUUUAAAUUUCUUCACGACAAGACCGGUUCGAUGCAUGUCAUGGCCCCAGAGGUCAUUAAACAGCGGUAUGGACCUAAGGUGGAUGUAUGGUCCAUUGGAAUUGUAACGUAUAUGCUGCUGCAAGAUGGACAGCCACCGAUACAUGGAACAACAAUUGACGAGACGGAACGAAAGAUUCUGCAAGGAUCCGUCGAUUAUCGGGGCUGGUCACACUCGUCAUUGGCCAAAGAAUUCAUUCAGUUGUGCUGCCAUGUCAAUGCCGGUCAACGCAUGGGAUCCGCCGAAGCCCGAAAACAUCCAUGGAUUGAAAAGACCAUUGCCAAAAAGAAUUUGCCCAACGAAUUGGUGGUCAGUUUUGAUCUCUUUCGGCUCUCGUCGCCUUUGAAACGACUUGGUUUGAACGUGUUGGCCAAAAAGAAACAUGCCUCGAAAUACAGCGGCCUGUGGGAAGAUUUGGACACUUCGGAGAGUGGAACCUUGACACGAGAUGAAUUCAUGGACGGUUUCAAACACAGUGGAAGUUCACAAGAAGAACUGAACGAUUUGUUCGUCAAGCUAGAUGUGAAUUGCAAUGGGGAAAUAUUGUACACGGAAUUCUUGGCGGCCACCUUGGAGAAUUCUGGAGAAAUUCAAGAAUCGGAAAUCAAGGAAGCCUUUGAAGUGAUAUCCAAAAAUGGCAAAUACAUUACCAAGAAGGAUGUUUUGAAGGUAGUGGGAGCCAAACGAAAACGAAAAGUGGAUGAUGCCAGUUUGAAAGAAGAGAUUGAUUUCAUUUUUGAAGAUACUGACAAAAUCGAUUACGAGGGUUUUGCCACCUUGUUCGAGCAUGGAUAUACGGCACAAAUAGGCAUGGAUGCCAUUAUGGAGACAAGUCUGAACGAAGAGCAGCUGAGUAAAAUGAAAGAGGAUGACAAUGUGACACAUUUAUCAGUUGUGAAGGAAUCCAUGACAGGGAACUUUGACUUUGAUCCAUCGGAAGAAAUUCGAAACUCCUUUCGAAGUGGUACUGAGGAGUGA